GUCCAAUGAUUUUUAUACCAUCAAACCAGCACAAUGCUGCAGUGAACUAUCCACAAUAUGUCUUUAAGUAUAAGACCUGGUUUCAUUAAUAAGAUGUUUUUAGUCACAUUUAUGUAGGAACACCACACCAACCAUCAUCUUUAUGAAAGAUCCCAAGAAAACAAUGUUGCUAAGAAAAUAAACUUGUUUCCAGUCUGUUAAGGUGCUUCGUAUUUGUUCAGACUGCUAAUGUUAAUUAUUUAAUAGCAGUUCUUUGUAUAUUAUUCAUCAGUGGUGGGAAGUGAUGCUUGGUGAGCAUUAAAACUGCUUUAUGGCUCGGUUUCAGGAUAAUAAUCUGAAAAAUAAAGUCGUUUUUUGAGCCUUUACUCUCGCUUGUUUGGUGAAAAUUAGAAUUUUCAGGACUUGAGAGACAAAAAAAAAGCGUUUUCGGUCGUGAAAGCAGUUCAGGAGGAGGGGAAGGAGAAUAACCUCUUCACAUCCCCAGUUUGCUGUUGUGCGCAUGCUCAGACUGCGCUGCUGUCUUAUUAAUUUUUAAUGGAAAAUGGCUGCGUUUCUUAUCCAAACCGCUGGAGCUGGGAGAUGAAAAAAGGAGCCGUCUAGCUGACCACAUCUCACCUCUCACCGUCGCUCGCGUCGAAACCACCCGAUGCGGUGAUCGUGUGUUAGCGAACCGAUGUCCUGUGGCGAGAAAAUAUUCUGGAAAAUGGAUCGACUCGCGCUUUGAGGGGGAUGAAAGAUCAUUUUGCUCCUUAACCCUUUCUGCUCCGAGAUCUGCGAACAAUCGAGAAGAUGAUGCGCCAGGUGACAACCAGUGACUUCUGCAUGAACAGCAGGCCGUCGUGCCUAGCAGAGGACAGCCACCACCCCACUGCUCACUUUGACCUGUGCACCUCACAGGCCAGCAAGUUCUACCCUCCUCCCCCUCCAUCAUCCCUCCAGAUGACACUGGCUCCCAUGGCCUUACCCACCCAGAGCCACAAGCCCAUGGUGUGCCAGAGACAGGAAGUUCUUGGGGGUGACCCCCGCUCGUCUGGAAAGCUAGCAGGGUUAAAAAACACCAAUCAAGCAACAGAUGAUGCCAAGAAGAAGAACAAGUCUGUCGGGAAGACGGGCAGACGUGGGAGGCCUUUGGGAACCACCAAGCUAGCUGGUUAUAGAACCAGCACAGGGCGACCACUCGGCACCACCAGAGCUGCCGGGUUCAAGACGAGUCCUGGAAGGCCGCUCGGUACGACCAGAGCGGCGGGGUAUAAGGUCAGCCCCGGGAGGCCUCCUGGCAGCAUCAAGGGCCUCUCUCGCCUCAACAAACUGGUUCACAGUAGCACUUGCAGCGGAGCAGCUUUCCCCUAUCCACUACCACACAAAGAAAUCCUCUGUGAACCUUCCUGCAAAGAGAAGCCCGCUAAUGAGUAAAGCCUGUACCCCGUUUCUACUUCACCCUUCGUCUCUGGAAUAACAGACAGACACGCACAGGUUUCCUGCCACAUAUUGAGGGUGAUUGCAAACUUUCCUAGUCUGCUGUGAGGCAGAGAGAGAGGAGGAUUUUUCUAUUAUUCGUGUUUGUGUCUUUUGUGUGCCUGCCACCUGAUAAAAUUACUGUUUUUCAGUGCUAGAGAUCUAUAGUGUGCGAAAGGUUUCACUACACAGUGUACACAUUGCUGUAUCUGUUUUCUGGGGAGAAAAAAAUACCAGAUAUUCAUUGAACAAGAGACUUUUAUCCAGCAGCUACUGUGGUAGUUAAGUCUUAGAGUGUUACAUGUAGCAUUUUAACGCCAACAAAUGUUGGAAACUUGGACUGUCCUGUCAGAUUUUCUCUUCACGAUUAUUGCCGAUAACGACAAUAUUAUUGCAAUUUUGCAAGUUCACCUACACCGUUGUCUAUUGCAUAAUUUCUUUUGAGGCAAUUUAAUUAAAUCUCCAAAUAAAUGGAGGUCGCAAGAGAGUGCGUAACCAUAGCCAUGCAAAAGCAUAGAAUAAGAACAGCUACACAAUAAUGUAUGAUGUGAUGUUGAUAAUUUAUUUUUAAAUAAUCGAGGAAACCUCUAAUGGAAACAAUUCAAAAUCUUGUUUGAUGUAAACAAGGACAUUAUUGCUGAACUACAGCUUGUAAUUUAAAUGAGCUGCCGUCAUGAAAAACAGGCAGGUUGAUAGGAAGUAAAGAAAUAUAGUUAUAGAGGAAAGGUUGGUAGUCUAGUGGUUUGCUCAGUGGCACUUCAAAAGUAGAAAUCUAAAUAUUUAUCCAGCAUCCAAGAACUAAAAUCUGACCGAUCCAGUUCCACUCAGCUCCUCAUGUAACACAAAAAAGGAAUUCCUCCUAAAAACAGAUUUUAUUCUCUAAAUGUCACAUUGCAAAAUAUCUACAUAUUAUUUGCAUGCAAAACCACUGACUCAACAUGCAGAUCGUUGUUAUUCAGCUAAGGUUUUGUUUGUAUUUUUUUAAAACUAAAAGUAUAAAACUUUAAAAAAAUGUACACACCUUCACAGCAACACUCUUGGUCUCUGAUGACUUGCUACAAAUUGGCUAAUGUGGACUGUGGUUGCCUUUUUUGUUACAUAUUCGGCACAGAGAAGCUGUAGACAUUUGGAUGGAUGGUGUUUUUGUAUUUGAUCACUCUUCACAGCCACUAGCUAGUCCCAGCAACCUGCUGGCUUAUUUGUGGUGGGACUUGUUUCUCCACUCUCUGCUUUUGUCUGCUAUUCUUUUGCAAAUUUCAGCACAAAUACCAAAAUAAUCAUUUUUUAAAAUGCGCUCUUUUUCUACACAGCUUACUUUUACAAGAACGACAAACUUAAUGUCUUAAAAAAGCAACAUGCCCAUUUAAAAAUAUGACCUUCCUCACUGUUCCUGCUCUGGAACAACUUUUAGACAUGUUUUGUUUCGUUUUUAGGAGGCACUUGUGUUUGAAACGCAGCUUAAAUGUCCUUAUAUUGAUCUAAAAGCUUCAUUUUUAGCUUUGCAUUUAUCACUCCUACGGCAAAAUGUAAACCCGUGUGACUGUUUUUAGUGUGUAGAUGUCAGUAUAAAGUAAGAGAAAGGGUACACUGCUUUAUUCUAAAAGGCUCACAUUGUAGAGGAAAAUCUGUUACCUAUUAUUGUGUUCUUGUUUUGUGUCAAACCACAGGGUCCAUUCGUUGGUGUAAAAUAAUGAAAACUUGCGUCAGUGUUACAUUUGUCCCAAGAUAGUGAACAGAUUCACAGAUAUUCAGAAUCUCAUCUGCUAUGAAUGUGUUGCUGAAUGUAAUUCGAAUGAUAUGACUUUUAAAAGUUAAACACUUUUACCCAGCUAAAGACUCAAAAGUCUUAUUGGCAUCCUUGCUCACAGAUCAGAAAAUACACUGCCUGUCAAAAAAAAUCUAAUAAUAUCUUGCACUGCCUUUUUAGCUUUGAUGACAGCUUGCAUUCACCAUGGCAUUGUUUCGAUAAGCUCAUGCAGCGUCACCACGUUUUUGUACAUACACAGUUGAAUGCUCCUGCAGGGUUAUGAAAGCCUGAAAUAUGAAAUAAUUGCUAGAAAGUUCUUUGAAUUUUUUGAAAAUGGAGAGUUUAUUGAACUAUCUAGCAAAUUUGUUUGAAAAAUGAAUUACAUUUUAAUUUCUAUAUAUGACCUUUAAUUUAUAUUGUGUUUGUUACAUCUGGCUUCAAAGAAAAUACUUAAAAAUGCAUUUUUUAGGUUUGUUAUUGGGAAAAAAAAAAUCACACUGAUGAUAUAACUCACAAAAAACUGAAUGUAUGUAAUAUGAAACAAUAGGCGUUAAAGGGUUAAAUCUGGCAAUUUUUCCACUGCUGAGUCCAAUCUUUAUACUUCCUACGAAAUUGAACCCUUUUCUACCCUUUUCAUUGACAAGUGGUUUUGUUUAGUCCUGUUCUUUUUACUCUGUUCUUACUGCCUUAUUGUAAUGAGAACUUGGAAAGCCCCUACCUGGUUUUAGUAGUUUAUCAGUCUCUUUAGUUGUUUUCUUUGCCUGAAAGAGGCCAAUAAUUUGACCCUUCCAACAUUCUUGGAUGAAAAAUGAUGGAUGAAAAUUUUUCUUUUUUUUUUGCUUUGUAAAAUUUGUUUUUUUGGCCAGGCAGUGUAUGGACAAAAUGCUGAAAGUAAACAAAUGAGACCAUCUAAUAAGGCUUUCUCCCGCCACAGGCCUCUAGGUUUUAGUGGGAAAUCUGCAGAGAGAGGGCGCUGUUCCUCCAGAGGAAAGACGAGCUGAUAGCAACAUUUGGUGAUCACACCAUCACUGCUGUGAGUCUCACAGCAUCAUCACUUAAAAUCAUCACUUAAAAUGUAACUUUCCUAAAGGAAAAGUUUAAGCAGCUCAUUAUUUUUUAAGUGAUGACAAAGUCCAAUCAUGCUUAUUGUUUAAGGUUAGUAUUUAUUGUGCAUUUUUAGAUAUAUUACCAUAACCCUGUAACGCACUUGAAGCCGACCGUAGGUGAAAACGAUGUUUUCUGAAAUGCCAGUUUAGUGUAAAUGUAAGAUGCACAAAGCUUUAUUGGUUUAAUAUUUGUGACUUUACAACAUGUGUAAUACACAUAUAGUUAAUGAGAAUUUUGAUACAAAAUGACCGAUUGGCUAUGUAACUACUUGCCACUAUAAUUUUUUUUACUUAAUCAUUCAGCAAAUAAUAAUUUUUGGUCUUUAAAACGUUCCCUCUUCGCUCCCUUCGCUUUUUAAUUGUAUUAUUCAUUUAUGGGUGGAUUUAAAUCCAGAGAGUGGAGAAAGUGAAACAGUGUCACUAAGUCGCUCUGCUAUGAUAACAUUUAAAAUAGUUACAUUUGGUGCAAUAAUCUGUUGUAUGUAUUGUACUGUGGAAACUUUGAUACUAUCACUUUUUAUCAUUGUAUUUUUAAACUUGUGUAUAAGGCCUUUUAUCAUUGGUUUGUUGACGUGCGUAGUGUUAUCAGAGGUAAUUCAUACAAACAUCCUCUUCACCCUCCUUUUACCAAAGAAUAUGAUCUCAUCUGACUUGAUCUAAAAAUACUCGAACAACCUCACAAAACAGCCGGCGCAUGAAAAUGGAAAUGGAAGUUAAAAAACAAACAAACCACUAACCCAUAAAAUAUGAUUGUUUGGCUUCAUCGUUACAUUGUUACAUCUGGGAGAGUAUGUGUUUAAUGAGCACACUGUAAAGUAGUACACGUUGAUAAUACAAACUUUACUUUUCAUUGUUUUCUAUUUAUAUGCUUCAAAAUUAGACUUCUUUUUAUCCAUAAUUCUUAUAUAGUCAUGUUUGAUAUUUACCUGAUAUUUUCCAUUGAGAUUAUGGUGGAUAUGGUGCCUGUUUUUCUCAUGAUCUGACCUUUUUUUUCACACAGUAUUUGUGGCUAAAGUGUUUAUUAAAUUGUUAUUAUUUGUUUCUAACCCUGAUAGGAUCAACAAAACUGGGGAGCUUUUCCCACAGCAGACAUUUUGAUAUAUGACACAGCAGGAAAAGCAUAAAUAAGAGCAUACACAAUGGCUAUUGUGAAGUUUGCUCGCAGUGACUUAAAGGGAGAUUUGAAGACAUGUUAAGGUUGCUUAUAACAUGUGUAAGUCACCUUUUAGUAAAAGCUGUGACAUAUGGCUUUUUGUUACUGCUCUUCAAUCUUCUGGGUAGCUUCUGUUCUUAUAACAUCUGCAACUUACUGAAAAAGUGAACACACACACACACACACACACACACACACACACACACACUAAA